GUCAUCGUCAAGAUCAAAAACGCCCUCGAGCUCUCCUGCCCCGGCAUCGUCUCCUGCUCCGACAUCGUCGCCCAGGCCACCCGCGACCUCGUCAAGAUGGUCGGCGGUCCCUUCUACCCCGUCAAGCUCGGCCGCAAAGACAGCACCGAAUCCGACGCCGCCAAGGUCGACGCUAGCCUUCCCACUCCCUACAUGAGCAUGGACCAAAUCAUGGACAAGUUCACCUCCAAGGGGUUCUCCAUCAAGGACAUGGUUUCCCUCACCGGCGCUCACACCAUCGGCUUCACUCACUGCAAGGAGUUCAUCCACCGUAUCUACAACUUCAGCUCCAGCUCCGAUUCUGACCCCUCCAUGCACCCUAAGCUGGUGGCCGGCCUCAGGUCCGUUUGCCAGAACUACACCCAGGACUCCUCCAUGGCCGCCUUCAACGACGUUAGGUCACCGGGGAAGUUCGACAAUGCUUAUUACCAGAACUUGAUCAAAGGGUUAGGGCUCUUGUCUUCUGAUUCUCUUCUGGCUGUGGACCCCCGGACCCGCCCCAUCGUUGAGCUCUACGCCAAUGACCAACAAGCCUUCUUCACUGACUUUGCCUACGCCAUGGAGAGGCUUUCUUUGCUCGGAGUCAGAACUGGGAAGAAGGGUGAGGUCAGGAGCAGAUGUGACCAGUUCAACUCUAUUCCUGCAUAAAGCCAUGCCUAUCCAUUUUUAUAUCCAAACAUUAUUACAUACUACAUAUAAUAUAACAUAAUAUAAUUAUAUUUAUUUACCUUCGCU